AUGUCCUAUCAAACGCCUCGAUCAACAGUCACUGUCCCUGCGAUCCGUGAUAAUUCCCUGUAUGAGGCUGAUACAGCUCAUCAGCAAGGUUCAAUCGGCCAUGGCUUAAAUGCCACUAGUUGGCCAAACAUUCUUGAUUGUGGGUUAUUGCAUCAGAGUCAAGCUGCUGGUGGAUACACAGCACCUCAGUGGUAUCAGACUAAUCCCGCCGACGGCCAGUCAGCCAUGCCUUUCACGGCAGCAGAAUCUAAUUUCACGGAUUCACAAUCUCCAUUCUGGUGGACAGAUUUAAGGGGUGAACCUUUGACGCAAUCGCCGACAGGUGCUUCGAUGAUGACAGAAGGAGGGGAAAGGGAGAAUGCGUGGUCGGACAACGGGGAUUUCCCAGCAGAUCCUCAAGGUCAACUUGCACAAGCAAAUGUCAACGCAACACCAAAUGCACUUUUUGAUCCCAACUAUGGUACAAGUGAUUACGGCGGUGAUACCGAAGUUUUGGAAACACUUUUUGCCACCCCAAAGAGGAAAACCUCGUCAGCAGAAUCCCAAGUGUACCAAAUUAGCGAAAGGGAACCACUUAGCAGUAGGUGCCAUUAA